AGGUGUGAAUGAUUCUUUUAAAAAUAGAGUGAGGAAAAAUUAUCACAAUUGCCAUUUUCUGGAGACGGAAAGAAGAAGAGCAGAGGAAGAAAAAAUCAUAAUGACAAGAAGAGAGGGAAUAGGAGAGAAGACGAGGAGGAGGAGGAAGAGACGCAGCUCCGCGAGCUACAGAGGACCGCACACAAGAGCCCUUCUGCCAGGAGACGCACAGGGCAGCGAACAGAGGGACGCACAUGGAGGAGUGGAAAAAAAAGAAGACGUCUUGGAAGACACUCUGGAAGAUACCCCCCUCCUCCUCCCCCUUCCUUAUACACAUAAACACUCGUACACACACACACCUCCCCUCCCCACGCACCAGCCAGCUACUUUUUACACCCCACAAGUAUCCCACCAUAAGAAAAGAAAAACUUUCUUCUCCCCCCCCCCUUCCUCUUUCAUUGGAAAGAAGAAAAUCCAUCCAAAGAAAGUCCAAGAAAUCAGUCGGAGAGCCCACCCGGCGCAAAAGGAAGAUGGCUCAGAGGUCGCUCCAAGUGGUGACGUCCAAGUUCUUAGGAGCUUUCUGGAAGCCGUUCUUUUCCAUCCAAACAUUGGGAAGUAGGAGAAAGUCUUCCGGUCAGAUUGCAGGGGACCGUUGGAGAGACACCGUCACGUGACCCCCGGUACCAAAUGGUCUUCCGGCAGUGGUUUUCAACAAGGACCGGAGCACAAGCAGACGCCGCCACUUCUCUCAGAAAUGCAGAAGACCACGUACUACGACAACUCCUCGACGCUCUUCGGUGGCUACUCGUCCUACCAGGUGCAGGGGGCGGCAGCGGCGGCAGCAGCAGCCGCCAACGGCUUUGGGGGCUAUGAUGCCCCGGUCCCAGUGUCCCACCACCAGCCGGCCUUCCAGUCGGCGACCCAUCUGGAUGUGGAUUCGUACCAGCGCUCUGCCUGCUCUUUACAGUCGCUGGGCAGUAACAGUGGCCACCAGCAGCAGCAGCAGCUAGCCAAGACCAAGGAGCUGAAUGGCAGCUGCAUGAGGCCCAGCCUGCCACCUGAGCACCACCCUGGCUCCCAAGUGUCCCCUCCACUACCCCCCAACCCCAACAACGGUAAUACAGGGGCUCAGCAGCCGGGGGGCAGCAAUGGGGCCUCCUCAGCCUCCAAAUCAGCCCCCAAUAAGUCCUCUAAUUCCUCCUCCUCAACAUCCUCCUCCUCCUCUUCACUGCCCCCGAACCCCACCAUGGCCAAGCAUAUCUUUCCCUGGAUGAAGGAAAGCCGCCAGGGGACCAAGCAGAAAAGCGGUUCACCCAGCAACAACUCUGGCAACGCAUCAGGUGGAGCUGAAAGUGGUAGCGGCGGGGAGAAGAGUCCUACCAGCGGGUCGUCAGCAUCAUCUAAGCGGGCUCGUACGGCGUACACCAGCUCCCAGCUGGUUGAGCUGGAGAAGGAGUUUCACUUCAACCGCUACCUGUGCCGGCCACGGCGCGUGGAGAUGGCCAACCUGCUCAACCUCUCUGAACGCCAGAUCAAGAUCUGGUUCCAGAACCGACGCAUGAAGUAUAAGAAGGACCAGAAGUCCAAGGGCCUGAGCUCCAGCUCUGGUGGACCUUCACCGACCGGCUCCCCGCCCCUGACCAUGCAGUCUUCCGCCAGCUUCCUCAACUCAAUACACCCCAUGGGUGGGGGAGGGGGGUCAGGCUAUGAUGCCCCAUCUCCACCAUCUUUUGGCAAGCCCCACCAGGGAGUGUCUUACUCCAUGUCCACUGCCUACUCCAACGUCCCCAUGAAGGGUUGUCCCUCCCAGCAGAAGUACGGUGCCCCAGACCCAGACUAUGGUGACCCCCAUCCCCACCACGGCCUAGUGCAGGCCACCAAUGCAGGAUAUGGGACUCCCAACAACAUGCAGGCCAGUCCAGUCUAUGUGGGGGGUGGCAGCUAUGGGGAACCCAUGCCUGGCUCGGGGCCCUCCAUUUAUGGGCUCAACCACCUAGGCCCCACACCACCCCAUCAUCAAACAAUGGACUACAAUGGCGGAGGGGCUAUGUCAGCCGCCAACCAGCACCACGUGGGUGGGGGCCCCCCCCCGGGUACCUGUGACCCACCCACACACCCCACAUACACUGAGCUGUCAGCGCACCACACCUCGACUCAGGGCAGAAUCCAGGAAGCACCCAAGCUCACUCACCUGUAGCAGCAGCUCCUGGUUCAGGGAUGACGUGACACUAAUGUGAGUAUCAGGCCAAAGGAUCAGCAUCACUGUCACAAAUCCCUCCCAAUUAUUAUUAUUGUAUAAAAAAACAAAAAAUCUUUAACCAUUAGGAAAACUUUAAAUCUCCUGUCUCCUGUGGCUUUUCAAAAGUUUCUUGCAGGAUGCUUGGCAAACAUAGCAAUCAUACCUUACAACUACAAUGCUACUGUUUAGCUGCUGGUUAGAGCCAAGACUCCACAAAAAUGACGAGGGUGGCAGAUUGAGGAGGAAAAGUUGGUUUGUUAUCUUAUAAAUCAUUGUUCAAAGUCUGUUCUCACGAUUUGUUCAGGCGCUGCACGAAUCAUAUAAGUCUAUAAAUUCAAUUAGGGGGAAAUUAAUGUAGGCAGAGAGAUUUAUUGUUUAAAAAAAGCUCAUCUGGGCUACUUUGAACUCCUUCAAACAUGCAACCGAUGCUGCUGAAGUGUCCCUGUGCAAACCACUGAAACCCAGCCUGACCUCUAAACUUGGACGUAUUUGCAUGAGAAAAAAUUGUUUUUCAGCUUGAACAUUCCUCAUGUUUUCCCUCAAGAGUCACAGUAAAAUGCUGUAGUGUUUUCUUUUAUAGAGCUACUUCUGUGGAGUAGUCUGACAUCUCCUUAGCUCUAUUCUGAAAAUGGUGAGCAAGACCUUGAAUUCUGUGUUGAAGCUUUUGGAAAAAAAAACAUUAGCAAGCGGCCGCUUGUGUAAAAAUUUAGUAAUCCGAUUUAGUGAUUGAUUCAAGGCCCCAAAACUCUUGGACAGUCCAGUGGACGAUGAGUGUAUGGAUGUCAGCCAUGCCUGUGCUGACUGAUUUGAUGUACUAGCCUCUGUGCAUGCAGACACCACCACUGUGCACCCACCCUGUUCUGCUAAUGAAUCAACUCAACCAUUUGAAUGUGUCUCUUUAUCACUGCACUUUUCGGCUCCCUGGGUUGCUUUUUUACUUUUAAUGUACAAAAAUGCUAAUUUUCAUUGUUGGGCAGUAAAAUAGUUUCACUUGGAGACACAAGAUGAGUCCCCUGUGACACAGACUGGGGUGUCACUGUAUAAAGGGAAGCAGAAGCUGAGAACUUCUCCCUUUAUCUCUUUGUCUCCAUGUUUCCUACACACAGACACGUGAUGAUCCUCGUGCUUCCUGUUUGUCCUGUGUUAAUGUUUAUGACCAAAAUAUUGCCCUGAGGCCUGCGCCUUGGCCUGGUCACAUGGUCUCUAACCCCACCCCACCUCUCUCUCUCGCUCUCUCUCUCUCUCUCUCUCUCUCUCUCUCUCUCUCUCUCUCUCUCUCUCUCUCUCUCUCUCUCUCUCCUGGGCCUGAGAGCAGCAGCUUAAAACUUGGAACAUAAAUCAAGCUCCCAUAAAUAAUGGCCGCACUUCCCUUUACAUCUCCGUUGGACUAACAGACAAUAAAAACACCAAUAAGCAGAGAUUGGAUCUAAUUUAUUGCCUCAUAAAAGCAGACGAAGAGCUCAGCUCGACUGCAGCUGAAAACCGCUCAGCUCACACAGCGCAACACGCUCACACGCACGUACACAGCACUGCUGCACAGUGUAAACUCUACAGAAUAUAACAGAGCAUUAAUAAAGUGACGAGUGCGAGGCUGUAACCUGUUUAAAUGGUCACACGUGAUCCAUAUCUGUGCAGCGUGCAGCUGCUCUCAUCUUCCAAAUCCAAACAAUAAUGAUAAUAAUAGUAACCUAGAAGCUGGUGGAAGCAGUAGCGGUUUUUAUUGGAUGGAAACAAGUUGUUUUACUCCAUAGACUAAACAGAAUGGCUAAUCGUUAUUUUAUAACAUCAGAAACUAUUUAAUUUAACAAUUUAUUCAGCUUGAAACCCGGCCCUGGAUCAAUCAAAGUCAAUAAUUACAAAUCAUUGUUAAUAAUUUAAAGGAAUUAAAGUUUUUAUUUAGAUCUUAAGGAAAAAUAAGAAAAUGCACAUUAUCAGUAAAGUAAUGCAGAAGUAGAGAAGCACAUAUGGCUACAAUAAAAUAGAAUAUAAAUAAAUUAAAUCACAUUCAAAAAAGAAAAUCGAAUAAAUUUGGAUAUUUCAUACACAGUACACAUCUUCAGCAGUAAUCCACACUCGCAGUGUAAUCGUCGUCGCGCUGUCCACCAAAACUCUACAUAAACCGGGAAGAGUUUAAAAAUAAAAUCUCUUGUAAAAAGUAUUGUUAAAAUAAGUAAAAAAAGCAGAGUAGAGCGGUGAGGAGUAUGGAGCUCGGUCAACAGCUUGUUGUUUGGGCUUGUGUUUGCUGUGUGUGUGUGUCCAUGCGCCCUCGGCCUACUCACUGCCUGCGCCUUUCUCUUUGCGCUCAAUAGCCCCUCACUCCCACACACGUCCCCGCUUUCUCUGGCUCCCUCUCCCUUGUUUUGUCGGAGUCAUCGGGUGAAGCCAAAUGGCAUGGGAAGCAGAGUCGAGCUAAACAGCUUCUACCCAAUUGGCUCCAGUUUCUGAUUUUUUUUUUCUUUAAUUCAAAAGAUAAAAUGUUUCCUUGCGACGUUUCCAUGUGCGUAAGAGCCGCGCGUAAAAGCGACGUGAAGAUAACAAACCGUGGAGCUAAAGCAGAGAGGGUAAGACCGGAGCUUCCCUUGUUAUGGAGGCAGAGCGCGGCCCACUGUCAGCCUCUUUGCAGCCGCAGAAAGAUUGAUCACCGCACUUCUUUUUUUCCCCACUCGGGCUUCCACGGGCCCUCCCCAAAAUAUCCUCUGCUGAACUCCCGAGGUCCUGAUCUUUAUUUAAAAAAAAUAACCUACAUGUGGGUUCUGUAAAGUGUGAGGGCUCGCACUGCUCACUUAUCACUCACUGUUACAUGCACGUCCAUGCAGCCGUGUUAUUACUACUGCUGUUAUAGGGGAACAUGUCUCCUCUCCUUCAUGGCAUCAUGGAGCGACCUCGCUGUGAACCCUCUCUCUCUCUCUCUCCGCGUAAACACACCGUACAUUUUUAACUCUCUCUCUCACACACACAAGCACACGCACACAAACACAGACACACUCUGGUUGGGAGAGAGAAACAUGCGAGCUUGCAAGAAUAAUUUCUGCGUGCACAGACUAUUUUAGGUUGAGAUAUAUUUUUACAAUAUCUAUAGGUUUCUCUCUUUCUUUGAACAAACACGCACUCGCACUGCUCGAACACCUAUUUUAAAAGGUAGAAUGAUUAAAUACAUAAAGAGACCUCGUUCAAAUACAAAAAAUAUACACUUACACUUGGGCUCUCUUCUCACCUCCUCUCAGAUAAAUCUAACUUUCCCUCUGUCUGAUCUGGGUAAAUCUCUCCAUCCUCCUGUCCUCCUGAGCCACUGCGCCAUCUAAAAUCCCCAUCCGCAUUUCUUUCUGUGUAAAUUUGGGAUUUUCAGCUUCUGUCACACUUUAUAAGAUUAAUGAGCUGAGUGCUGUAAACACUGUUUUUUUUUCUUGGUCCAGAAGGAGCCAUAUUGCAAACAGAGCCUGCUCCAGCUCCAUUCGCCGAAUGUUCACUGUCAUUACAUCACUCACAGGAUCGAAGGAAAAACAUAAUUGUGGAGAUGUUCUAUUGUUUG